GACACACACAGGGAAGGGGUCCUGCCACACGGGGAGGGCGCCGCCGCGGUCUCUGUGGACGCGAGUGACGUCACGGCGAGGACGAGCAACGAAAAUGGCGACGCGUUGGAGGCCCUGCUGAGUCCGCUAUUCAGGAGAAAAUGGACGGUGAACUACUUUCACUGAAGUGGAACAAUCACCGCACAACCUUCUACCAUGUCAUCAGCGGACUCCGCAACAAGGAAACCUACACAGAUGUGACUCUGGCAUGUGAGGGCAAAUUCUAUCCCGUCCACAAGUUGGUUCUGUCCACCUGUAGUGAAUACUUUAGUGAUAUUUUUGAUCGCACACCAUGCAAGAACCCAGUAGUUGUUCUCAAAGACAUAAACUGCCAAGACUUGGAGUUUUUACUAGAUUAUAUGUACAUUGGUGAAGUCAAUGUGAGACAAAAUGAACUGUCAUCUCUCAUAAAAGCAGCCGAGUGUUUGCGAAUCAAAGGCCUCGCAGUGCCUGAUGAGGAACCAAAGAAGACUAGCAGUGGAAGCAGCAGCAGCAAUAAUGCAGGCAGUCAAGGGAGGCAGCGGCCUGACCUUGGCAGCCCUCCAGCCAAGAGACGGCGAGCAGAAGAGCGGCGAGUGACUGAACAGAGCCCUGGCAGACCACCUGGGGAUGACAGCCCAGACCAGGAGGCUGGGGGGGCAGCAGGCAAGGCCAGUGGAAGUGAGGGAGGCAGGUCACGGGACCAGUUGGAUGACAAGCAGGCUGAUGUCAGUGUUGAGCAGCCGACAGUGCAAAUUAAAGUAGAGCAGCAUGACAACUAUGAACAGUCUGCCAACGAUGAGUUUCUAGUACAAAGCAAUAGUUAUGAUGGUGGUGGUGGGGGUGGGGAGGAAGGUGAUGGCCCUCACAGUUCUGAGGGCAAUACCAAUGACUUUCCAGAGUUCCUUCAGUCAACAGUGGAGAAAGAGGAACCUGUGGCUAUGAGUGACUUUAACCCUAGUGACUUUCCUGGACCUUCUGGCCUCCAAAAUAGUGGAAUGACUCCCUGGGAAAGUGAAAACAGUUCAGCGGGCUUUGCGGAAGGAUUGUCUGGGGCUGUGGCUGCAGCCGUGGCAGCUGCGUCACAACCACAGCAACAGCGUCAGCAGCAACAGUUGGUGGGUGAUGACGGAGUGGCAGGUGGCGGAGGGGAAGGUGACGAUAGUGACCCCUACACAUGCCCCGUUUGUGGCUGUGUAUGCCGAGGGCAGAACCAAUGGCUUUUACACUGUGCCACCCACUCUCCUGCAGCCAUAGCACGUUUUCGGUGUCCCUACUGUAACUAUGGGACAAAUGACCGAAGCAACUUCCGCAGGCAUUUGACUGUUCACACAGGAGUUAAAAACUUCAGGUGUCCACGAUGUGGCAGACGUUCAAAUGACCGCAGUAAUAUGAAAAAACAUGUGCUUAGAUGUGCCAUGGUAAUCCCUACAUACCAAGUUGGAUGAUUUAACAGACAUCUUUUGAAAGUGUAGUUUAUUCAUAAUGGAGACUGUCAUCACCCAACCUUUGCAGAAUCAACAUUCUCAUAUUGGAGAAUCCAUAGGCUACCAUCUGCACAUUAUUAGUGGACAACAAGGGAGCUUAAGGGAUACUCUCAUGACUGACUCAUACACUGCAGUGCUGUAUGCUUUUGAAGAUUAAUGUUUUUAGUGUUUACCAGGAAUGGAUUUUAGAGCAUUUUGGGGUUCACUUUUGAGUAGGUGGACUGGGAGGAGGAACACCUGAUGAUCCAUAAAUUUUGUGUCAGGGAUGUCUGCCCCCUAUGUCCUAUGGAUGUUGGGAAUGACUGUACUUAUAUUUUCUUACCUUCUCUUAGAAUAUUUGGUUGAGGUAUAUUCAUUCCUACCGGAUGUCACCACCAACUACGUCCAUGUUCCCAAGGAGCUUGAGCUAUUCUUUUAAUUAUCAUAAAUUACCUGUGUUUCUCUGGGACUUGUAACAAAUUACACCAGUACAAUAUGUGAUACUACUGUUAAUUAAAUUGUAGUUGAUUCUCAUUUUAUUUAUUGGUAAACAAGAGAAAAUAAAUGACCAUUGUAAGUUUUCAUCAAAAACCUUUCUUGUAUGAAAACUCUGCAAACAAGCAGAAUUGGACUACUUAGAAAAUUCAUUUUUUUUUUAUAUUACGUUAUUUGCCAAGUACCCUCUUUGGAUGUACCAGUCUCACCUUCGACAAAAUUUAUCAAAAACAUUGGAGCGUAAAGCACCUCGACAGAAACAGUGGCAUUCAUUGUUUUAUAUCCAUUGGGGAACACUGGCUUCCACUUCCAUAGUGUUACACUCCACCCUGAACUCCUGGCCUUAAACAUCAUCACAGUUGACCUGCCCACCGUCCUGGUAGCGGCAGGCGUCCAUCCAAGGUCUUGGUCCACCCCACAACAAGUAGCAGUCAGUUGAGGGCGGAGUGUAACAUGCUGGAAGUGGAAGUCAGUGACCUUGCGCCUCAUGGAGACCCAAACACCUGAUGGUCCUAGUGUUAGGGCAGUUUUGUCGAGUUGUUAACGCCCAAAAAUGUUUCUUGAUAAAUUUCGUCGAAGGCAAGACUGAUACACUCUUAGCAGAUACUCAGCAAAUACUGUAAUAUAAAUAGAUUUGUUUAAAAAGUCCAAUUCUGCUUGGUUUUGCAGGGCUUUCACCUGAGAAAGAUUUUUGAUGAGGAGAAGCUUCCAACAGUCAUUUAUUGUUUUGUUUACCAAUAAAUAAAACAAUGAGAAUGAUCAACAACAUUAUUAUUAACAAUAGUAUCACUUAUUGUAUUGAACUGUAAUUGUUACAAGUCUCAAAGAAACAGGUAUUUUACAAUAAUUGAAAGAAUAGUUCGUUUCAAGGGCACAAGGAUGUAAUUUGGUUGUGACACCCACUGGCUGGCAACUCUGAAUAACCCCAUUAGUUACCACUUGUUCUAAAAAAUAAGGAAAGUUUUAUAUCUGGAAAACACUUUAUAUUGAAAGGAAACUACUCUGUUAUCAUCAUAUGGAGAUAAUGUUUGUUUAGGAGCAUGUACUGAUUGGUAGUUGAAAAAUUAUAAUUAUGUAUCUGACACUGUCAGAUGCAUAAUGACACUUUUGGAACUAUUAGCUUUAAUAGGUGAAAUUGAAUCACCAUCAUGUGUUCCACGUGGAGAAGGUGUAUACAGGAAGACUUGGCAUUGAUGGAAUGGGAUGGGCAUUGGGCAGAAGACAGUAGAAUGGAGGAGAGCCAGAAAGCGUCUAACGGUUAGACUCUAGCUGCUCAGGAAGAGUGAAAACGGACGUUAAACAAAAUAAUGAUGAUGAUCAUGUGUUCCAGUCUAUUAUUAUGUAUUGCAAAAGCUUGACAAGAUAAAGCAUAGUCAGGCAGUUCACUGUUGAUCACAGGCUGAAGUUAUUUUGAAGUAUUGCUGGAAAUAUGCCUCAAUGAACACCACUGAGGGCCGGAUGAUCAAACCCAUGCCUUCUUAGUAGAAAUCAGGGCAGCAUACCAGCUACACUUCCGAUGAGCUGGAAAUAUGGUUAAUUCAUUCAAAGGAUUUAGCAAGGGUUAUCAGCAUCAGCAAGAAAAAAAUUUAUUAUAUUGCCUGUCAAGAAACCAGUGAAUAUAAGUGUGUGAGUCUCGGAACUGUAAGAUCAUCCUGCCUAGUUUCAUUCAUUGCUUGAUGCAGUGUUCUAGCCAUAAACCAAUAAAAUCUUUAUUUGAGCUCUUUUUUUUCCAACUUUACAUAAUACAUUCUCUCUCUCUCUCUCUCUCUCUCUCUCUCUCUCUCUCUCUCUCUCUCUCUCUCUCUCUCUCUCUCUCUCUC